AUGGGAGCAAAGAGUCGAAUCAAAAUCAAGGAAUUGUUGAAACAAGGAGAGUCAAAGUACUCAAGAGAGCUUCAGAUUCAAUUGUACAAAGCGCUUAUUGUUCAGACUCUCAUCCCAGUUCUCUUCAUUUUUAUCCCAUUUGGAAUUCUCUUCACUUGCCCUCUGUUCAUGAUCAACUGCGAAUUUCUCUCGGCCCCUCUUACUAUAAUCUAUGCAAUUUAUCCAGCUCUGGACCCAUUGCCCAUCUUGUUUUAUAUCGACAUUUAUAGAAAUGCUGCUCAAGAAAUCUUCUGCUCAAAGUGUAAAUCAAAUCGAGUGGAUGUAUUUACUGUGGGAAAUGAGAGCAGAAACUCUACUGAUAAUUCGAUUUGA